AUGGCUGGCCAGACAGAAUUUACAGUAAAGUCCUUAUUUCUGUGGGUCUUGAUUAACUCUGAGAGCCAGGAACCUGUGGGGAUUGCGAAGGAAAUUCAGGUUUUGGUUAAUGAAGGAACGGAUGAAAUAUCAUGCUUUGUCUUUGUGACUGUGGACAACACUAGACAUCUGUUGCGGGAUUCAAAGAUUUCAACUGAUCUACUCUGUAUCUUUUAUUUUGAUGAUCAAUAUGGCGCAGUUGCGCUGCAGCUUUCGGACUACCUUCUCUUGCUUCAUGCUCCGUGGCAGCAAGCUUCCUGUGAUGGACAGGGUUACAGAAGUCCUUGGAGCGGGAUUAACUCAAAACGCUCAACAUACAGAGGCCACUAUCGAGACACAUUUUCAGGUCUUUCAAGCGAAGGUCUUUGCCUUCCUACCUUCCGAGACAUGCACACAAAGAUUUCCAACGGAAUUAUACCGGGCCAGGCUGUGCAACAGCCGGAGCCUGAGCCAUGGGAUUCUGGUAUAUUGAAAUCCUCAAUCCUGGGUUCCAGCUUCACCAGAGGCGCUGCUGCGAAUGGAUCCCUUGGGACCCCUCUCAAGGCAAAUGGUGCUGGGUUGAGCACUCUCCGCAUCUCCCUCCCAGCGGAUAUACGGACCGGGCCCAUUGCAGCAUUCACUUGCGGAGCACUGGCGCUUGUUAUGUCGGCGCACACGGGGUCGGCAGAGUUCCUCGCUUCGAUUUUACCGAACUAUAAACAGGCUCUACUGCGUCCCGGCCAUCCUCCCACAGCGUUUGUUCCGUUCUACAUUUCUGUGGAUUGGACAGCAGACGUUCAAGACUUCUUGCAUUGUGUGAAGAAGAGACUUUCAACUCAACACAUAAUGCGUAUGCAGCAUGUUGCUCGCGUGGAACCCUGGUUUAGACGGCAGUCUACUAAGUCGGACCUCUCGGAAUUCCAUCAUGGGGCUCUUCUAGUGGAUUGCGUUCUAGAAGAAACUGAGGUCCAGCUGACAUUCGCGAGUCAUGCCACUACUGUUGACCCACGAGUGAUCAAAUACGUAUGCCAGCAAUACGAGUAUGUUCUCAAAGAGCUGGGCUCCAGUGGUACUGCCCGAGGCAAGCCUGUCUCUGACCUUCGUGUGGUGGAUCUGCAUGAUUUGCGCAAGAUUUGGACUUGGAACGCCACCGUUCCCGAACUAUCAUCUCUAUGCAUCCACGAUCUGUUUGUCAACACAGUUAAAAAACAACCAGACGCACUUGCCAUCUCUGCUCAUGACGGCGAGUGGACAUACCACAACCUUGAUGUACUGUCUACAUUACUCGCACGUUUCCUACUUCAAUACAACAUCCAGGAGACAAUUGUGCCGAUUCAUAUGGAAAAGUCAAAGUGGACUCCCGUGGCCCAGCUCGGAGUCAUGAAGGCGGGGGCAGCUUCGGUGGUAAUGGACACUUCCCUGCCAGAUGAGAGACUGCGCACCAUCAUCCGUGAGGUGGACCCUCUGGUGGUUCUUAGUUCAACGGGCAAAGAAUCAAAGGCACGUAACCUGUCGUCACGACCAGUGCUGGUUAUAGGCGAGGGCUUUUCUGGCUUUUCUUCUGUCAGUAUGCCCGAACUGAAAGGCGAUCAUCUCCCUCUGGUAUCUCCUACCUCGCGACUUUACAUUGUGUUUACCUCGGGAAGCACCGGGUUACCAAAGGGUGCUACCAUCACGCAUUCCAAUUUUGCCAGCGCGAUUCAACAUCAGCAGCAAGCGAUGAAAUUUCAACCGGGCCAGAGGGUAUUUGACUUUGCCUCGUACGCCUUUGACGUGGCAUGGUCAAACUUCCUGCAUACAAUUACUGCGGGAGGAUGCCUAUGCAUUCCAUCGGACGAAGAGCGCAUUCAAGGUAUCCCCGAGGCGCUUCUGAAGUACAAGGUUAAUUACGUCCACCUGACGCCGUCAGCGGCGUGGUUUCCCCCAGAGAAGCUUCCAGACAGUGUCAAAUACAUCCAGUUUAGCGGCGAGGAACUAAAGACGUCGCUUGUCGAUGCGUUUUGCAACCGUGCCACGAUAAUCAACACCUAUGGCCCCGCGGAAUGUUCCGUGACAACUACAUUGCAAAUGGUCCACCCGUCUACCAGCAGCGAAGCCCCGCCCAUUGGGCAAAGUGUUGGAAGCUGCCUUUGGGUGGUUAGUCUCAAUGGGACUCAGCUUCAACCCGUUGGGGCAGUCGGAGAGCUAUGGAUAGAAGGGCCGAUCGUCGGGAUGGGCUACUUAAACGAUGCCGCGAAGACCUCUGCGGUGUUUGUUGAUAACCCAGCCUGGCUCGUCCACAGCGGACGUGCCACGGGGAAUGCAGACCGCCGGGGUCGUUUGUAUCGGACGGGGGACCUCGUGCGCUACAAUGGUGAGGAUGGGUCUCUGGUUUUCAUUGGUCGCAAGGACUCCCAGGUAAAGAUCCGGGGUCAGCGCGUUGAACUGGGUGAAAUCGAGUAUCACAUGCGUCAGUGCCUCCCAGAUGAGCUGAACAAGGGCUUAAAUGUCGCCCUGGAUGUAAUCCAGCCAUCGAAUGCCCAGAAUCCCAUAUUAGUGGCCCUUUUGAGCCCCCUGAAGGAGGAUUUCCCGUCGGACAUGGCCACUAUGACCAGUGACGCUGUCGCGGUGUGGGAUGCUCAACUGGGCAAUGUGGUUCCCGCCUACAUGGUUCCGGCUACGUAUAUCCCGUUUCAAGGGUUUCCAAUGACUGCAACAGGAAAAGUCGACAGACAAAGCCUACGACUCGAGGCUGUUACAAAGUUCGGAGAUCAUUCAUCUGUUAGCUCAGGAACGUGCCAGUCCGUGCCAACGAACGACCGGGAGACCGAGAUUCGGCAAGUCUGGGGCGCCGUUCUUAACCUACCCGAGAAUCAGGUGUCCACGGAUGUCCCGUUCACGCGUCUCGGGGGCGACUCUAUUACAGCCAUGCAAGUCGUUUCCCAGUGUCGAGCGCGAGGAAUCUGCUUGACCGUGAGUGACGUGCUGCGCCUGCGCACAAUUCGAGCCCUGGCUACCCGGAGUCGAGCCGCCGUGGCUUCAAUGCAGAAAGCGAUAAAUCAUCUGAACGGCGAGAUCGAAGGUCAAUUGUGGCCUGUAUCUCCCAUGCAGCAGUUGUUUUUCGAUGCACACCCACGAGGCUUGAAUCACUACACACAGAGCUUUCUGCUUCGCGUAACUCGACCCAUCACUUUCCACGAACUGCGGGGCGCGCUCGUGGCAUUGGUUAAGCGCCACGGCAUGUUGCGGUUCCGAUUCCAACAACGCAGUGACGGCACAGAUAUAGGGAGGUGGGAGCAGCUCAUCGUACCAGCAACGGCGGACUCGUUCGCUAUGGCGGAGCAUGCGGUGGAUGGCCGUCUACAGGAGAUCGUAGAAUCACGUCAGACCCAGCUAGACAUUGUGGAAGGACCCGUUUUCGCGGCGGACUUAUUCACUCGUUUUGGGGAAAAACAAAUUGAAGAUGACCGGACAUUGCUACUGAGCGCUCAUCAUAUCGUCAUUGACUUGGUCUCCUGGCGUGUAAUUUGGCAUGACCUGGCACAGCUAUUGACAGGAUUUCCAAGUCCCCCGGUCAUACCGCCAUCAUUUCGAGAAUGGUGUCUGUUACAGAGAGACGAGGCCCAGUCGCUGGACCACAAACGAGUGCUGCCCUACUCAAUCAAGCCUGACCAGUGGGAUUACUGGGGAAUUGCAUGGGGAGAUAACUUCUUCCGAGACAGCGACGAAUUCGAGCAUAUUCUGGAUGCCAACUCGACAGCCAUGCUGUUAGGCCCGAGCAACGAUGCUCUCGGCACGGAAACUCUGGAUAUUAUAAUCGGGUCACUGGUGUGCUCGUUCAAGGCGACAUUUCCGGAGCGACAUGUGCCCCCAGUUUUCUUAGAGGGACAAUUCAAUUCAAUUCAAUUCAUAUUCUUAUACCUGAUCAAGCCUGCUAAGAAAGUUGUUGCCACAAUUAAAUAUAAUUAA